AUGGCAGUAGGAGGAACAAGCGAGGACAAUUGGAUCCCACUGACUGCCACACAGCAUGGACUGGUCAUCCUCCCCUUCACGCCCCUCUCGCUUUCUUCAUAUCCAUCGGCCAUCAAUCUGGACCCACAAAAGAAUGCAGGGACUGACUCCUUCAUGACCGCAACGUCUGCUCAGAUAUCUCUAGAAGUCGGCGACUCGGUUCAUAUCAUCGAAUGUGGUGGUGUGUGGUAUCGUGGUUAUGUCUACUCGUGUGUUGAAACAAAUGCAGCUCCACGACUCGGAAUCUUUCCAGCGAAUCAUAUCAGUAUUCAACCUAGAGAGUACAUGCCACCUACUCCCAUACCAUCUGCAGUCACUUCUCCAAUGUCUGCAUCGGUACCAACUUCAGCAGUCACAACAGACACCCCGCUACCGCCACGUAACCAAAGUCUGUUCCUCUCACUCGCUAGCUCCAUGUUACCAACCGAUAGUAGGAUGCUACCUGUUCCUCAACCACCAGUACAUGCUACUCAGGCAGGCUAUCAGGAACCACUAGUAGAUGAAGUCGCUGCCGUAGCUCGGGAAUGGAGUGCGUGCUUCAAAACGCUGCUGCUGCAACAAAACUAUGCCCUCUUCAAAACAGUACGACAGCUCUUUUAUAGUCUAUUACAGGGACGUCGACAAUUACUGGCUCAUACUCUGUCUCAAGAUGAAUUGGCGAAACUGAGACGAGAGCUGAUUUCCAAAAUGGUGGCUGGAAACCGCAUGCUAGGUCUAGACUUGGUAGUAUGGAAUGCCGAGACAGGAUCACUAGUAUCAGAAAUGAAUACGUCUAUAUCUAAAAUGUAUCAAAUGUAUAUCCAAGCAGAUAGUACGACUUCACUCUCCAUCAACACCAGUCAACCUAUCAGUAUGGAACCUUUGGCUGUCGCUCAUCCACCAAGUCCUACUUCUGCUACGAGCAUGAUGAGUCCACCACUACCGCCGGUAAAGAUACCGGCACCCCUAACUAAAGCAAAGUCAAAGGACGUAAUACCCAAUCUAAAUUAUAAACCCACUACUCUCGAUGAACUUGUCAGUCGACUGACGCAUCUGCAUAUCGAACUUAAAGCUUGUGUGGCUUCCAUAUGUGCACCGGGAGAGACAGCUGAAUUAUACUUCUCGCUAUACAACAAGGCUGAGAGUCGCACCGUCACCGAAGACUAUGUAGUAGUGCUAAACCAUCUAGGAAUGCCAACAGACGGUGAUCGCAUAGGAAAGAUGCAAAAUGUAUUUGUCGACUUAUCACAUCGUGAUUUGAAUGAGAACACCUUCCUAGUAUGUAAAAUUGUGCGAGUAGGUCGUAUGAAUGUCAAUGAUCGAGACACCAAUAACGGAUCGGCAAGUACAGGUCCCAGCUCAUCACAUGUCCGUCGACCAGUUGGUUGGGCUAUACAAGAUUUAGGUGAUUUGGUUCAUAAUUUCAAUCACACCAAUGAAUAUCUCAUGCGUAUCUAUGUACCAACCUCUGAAGCCAUGUUUGGCUCACUACACGAAAACUUGGUGAAUCGAUUGGGAGGAUAUGAUACGUCUAAUCGUGCUGAACACUUGGUAAUGCAGCUGAAGGUGAUACAAGGAGAUUGGAUGAAGAUGUACAAAAACAAUCAGCUGGGUGAGGCAGUCAUUACUCCUCGAAAUGGCUUUACAGACGUUAUAUCGCCUGGUGAUGUACGAAAUGAAAUGUACUUGACGUUGGUGGCUGGAGACUUUGCUUCGAGUAAAGGCAAGAAUGUAGAAGUGGCCGUACAAGUAAGAAUGCCAUCAGGUGAAGUCGUAGAUGGGUGUAUAUCUCGUGGUGCUGGAGUACCCAACAUAUCUGCGUAUGAAUCCACUGUAUACUACCAUACCGCUGCUCCAAAGUGGAACGAAACCAUCCGACUCGAUCUGCCCGUCGAUACAUUCGAGAAGCUACAUAUUUUUUUCGCCUUCCGUCACUGCUCUAGUAGUAAUCGUGGUCGUGAGCAGGAGAAAAAGGACGAUCGCACGUUUGCAUUUGCAUUCUUGCCAUUGAUUAUGGGAAAUAGAGCAGUAUUAGCUGAUUCUCAACAUGCUCUUACACUAUACCGCUGGGAUCGUAAAAUGUCAUAUCCAGCCAUAUAUCUAACUUUUCCAGCGGGUCCAACUAUAUUUGUACCCAAACAGUUAUCAACGGCAUCACUAGACGAACUCUCGGCAGCAGCAGAUGCCAUGUCUAAAAUACCACCUAGCAAGGAUACAUUUAGCGUACGAUCACGUCUAUGCUCUACGAAAUUCACUCAAAAUCAAGCAUUGGUGAAUCUCUUGAAUUGGAGAUUAUCUAUAUCCAAUCAUCGAUCAGCAGUAGAAUCUAUACUAAAGGAGCUAAUUAUGGUUGGAGAAUCUGAAAUCAUUGUUUUUCUACCAGACAUUCUCGAUAAGAUUUUUGAAAUCUUGGAACAACGUGGUGUUUCGGAUGGGAAUGUUGAAGCCGAGGUCGAAGAUUUGGCUUUUGCUGCUGUAGUAUUUAUCUUGGGUAUAGUUCAGGACAAGAGAUUUACUCAUCACAAGUCGGUGUUGGAUGCAUACAUUGAAAAGAGAUUCGUAUUUCGAACGGCACAUUAUCAUUUGCUAAACUCGUUUCAACAAUUGUUGAGCAAUCCCGCGGAUAUAAGUAAAGCUAAAGAUCUAAGAUCCGCCAUCAAGGUCUGGCAGUAUAUAAUCCGAUUUUGUGUCAAAUCAUAUGCCAUAGAGCGCAAGGAACCUACUACAACAACUCCGGAAGAAUUUGCUAAAUCAGUAAAGAGUCUUUUGGAUGCUGUCAACUUCUUGAUGGGAUUGACGACACCCGAGCAUGUAAUUGGUGCCCAAGGAUUUGCUCUACAGCACUUUGCUGCUCUCAUACCUGAUCUGACUCUGGUACUUACGCAUCAGCAGCUCGUAAAGAGUGUUGUGGCGUUUGCUGAUGCUAGUCGAGCAACAUCACGUACAACUAUUGCCAUGGCUCGUCUUCAGUUUAUAACUAAUAUUAUACGAGGUCCCAUGUUUCAAGACAGGCCAACAAGGGUCAUUUUGAUGCCACAUAUAGUACGAUGGUUGAGAGAUUAUGUCUCGGUAGACUUUUAUAGUGCUGGAGGUGAAGUCAACAAUAAGGUGACAGCAUCAAAAGCUAUGAGAGAAAAGGAAGCAAAUAGAACUGUAGCGGCUACGACAUCUUGGUCUCUCAUUGCAGAAUUGAUUGAAAUACUCGAGACUGAGAAGGCACAGAAGGCUGCUGAAAAGGAAGUUGAUUCUAUGGUGUUGGCUGUAGCUGAUUUACUGCCUCAACUGAUGGAGGCCUUCAAUGAUCUAGUCCAUGCAACUGCUCCAACAACAGAAUCUGCAGGUGCUGCCAGUGUUGGACUUUUAGGAACGAUUGAAGAGUAUGAUUCUGGUCGUGAGAGUGUCGCUGCCAAACCAGAAGCAACACCGCCUUUACCUACUGUGUCAACGCUGUCAUCAGGUAGUGGCUCUGAUAAAUACUCUGAUAUCAUGGAACGAUCAGGCACUGAACGACCACGAUCAGUCAGGACUGCUUCAUCUGUAUUUAACCUGAGGGCCUUUGCCCACGUCGAACCACUUGCUACAUCACCACCGCUAGCCCCAGUUAGUUUAUCUCCGCAUACCCAAAACUCUGGUAGUAGCAGUAUCGGUGCUGUAAUGCGAGAGUCCUCACAGAUAACUUUAUUGUCGUCAGCACUUCGACCAGAAUUGGGUGAAUUGGCAACAGUCAUCUUGGCUGUUUUCAAACUGCUAGACAAGCCACAUAUAAGUAGUUUGAUGACGAGAUUAUUUGAGAAACGGGGACCAGUCUCUUUUGUCCAAGUCCUGUCAUCCUUGUUUGGUACUCUACAGGCACUGAUUGAUGAGCAACCAUUUCCGUCUAAAUGGGCCGGAAUGUAUUAUUUGUCUCAACGACUUGCCAUACAUGUAUUGCAGCCGGUUAGUGAGAUAUUGAGUAAAGAGUUUUUGCCUGGAAGCGGACUUGUCACAAGUGGUGCGCUGUCGACUGCCCAAAGCAAUCAGCAUUAUAGCGUCGUAUGGAAUGAUUUCUUCCGUCUCUUGGAAAAGAUAUUGAACUCUCCACGUUGUCAAAUUGAGAGAUUCGGUCCACUCCAAGCAUGGGUGGCUAGUAAAGUUGGAGCAGAUAUUCGUGCUGAUGGUGGUAAAAUCCUUCAUCUCAUGUGGGAAGAAUUAUCAUCUGCUGCACGACGUGUAGCUUCUACAUGGGAUGCUGCUGAGGUAGCACAGUUUGAACGAUUGACUCGAGAUUUGGUUGGUCCCUUCCUCCAACUCACAGUCAGUGCCAAUGCAGAGUUGAAACGUAUAUCUGCUGGUUUGCUGGCUAGUAUGAUUGCAGCUGAGUUCCAAAGAACAGGAGACUUUGUUUUGAUACAAGGUGAAUGGGCCGAUGUAUUGGAUCGCUUGAUUGUUGCUCAAGGACGUGGAGACGAGAGCUAUCGCGCCUUUUUGGUCGGAGAGCUCAAUCAAAAGUUUUCACAAAACGAGCAUCCAUGGACGGAUCCUGUAUUACAUGAACUUGGAGCUAGAUUCAUUGAUCAGUUGGAUCAUUUCCUGGAACUAACUUUGAUAUUAAGAUCUCUGCCGUUCGGAGAUGAGCAUGAUCAUGAGAGGAUGGAGGCUAUACUGGAAGUUCUCAAAUUUGCACGGUGCUUGGAACGGAAGCAUAUAUAUGUCAAGUAUGUACACUCGUUGAGUGUCAUACACUUGGAGCACGACAAUAUUGUAGAAGCUGCAUUGGCGUUGAAACUUCAUUCGGACUUGCUUGAUUGGAACAAUCAGCUCAAGGUCGAACCUUUACCUAGUCUUGGUUUCCCAAGAUGGCAAACUGCAUCAGAACGCAAAAUGGAAAUUCUUCACAUCAUCUUGCAGCUACUGGAACGAGGUCGAGCUUGGGAACGUGCUAUUGAUCUUGCCAAUGAAUUGAAAGUUCAUUAUUCGUCCAUCACGUUCGAGUAUAAAGAGUUGGCUUCUAUAUUACGUAAAGAAGCUCAAUUCUAUGAAGCCAUUCUGUCUGGUAAUCGCGUUCCUCCAAACUAUUAUCGGGUGUCGUUUUAUGGAUUGUCGUGUCCUUCUGCUUUGCGUGGAAAGCAAUUCGUGUACCGUGCUGGAGAGGGAGAGAGACUCGGUGGCUUUUGUGAAGCUAUGCUGAAUCAGUAUCCAGAUGCUCAGGUCGUUCGAUCGAAAAGUUUUGUCGGUGAAGAUAUCUCGUCUGGUGUUGGAAUGUAUAUCCAAGUUAUUGGAGUCAAUCCAGAACCUGACGUUCGACGAUGGUUGAAGAAUGAAGGACCAUCAGGACGCAUUCGAUGGAGUCUGACGAUUCUGGAUGCAACACAAUCCAUAGACCCUGAUGGAAACCCUGAUAUGGUGCCACUGCAAAUACUGGAGCCGGAUUUAGGAGUUGGUGAAGAAGAAUUGAGCACUCGUGCACUAGCUUUUGCAUCUACCAUACCCGAAUCCAUUCGAUCAUACUAUGAAACGAACGAAAUUGACUGCUUUAGCUUUUCGAGACCUGUACGUCGUACAUCGAUCGCACCAUCAAAUGAUCCAGCUCGUGAAUUUUUAGAAUUAUGGACUGAACGAACAGUAAUCUUGACUGCCGAUCGAUUCCCGUGUCUAUUAAAACGGUCGGAAGUCAUUGCCACCCAUACAUUCGAAAUAUCACCGAUCGAAAACGCCAUCAUCGCUGUCCGUGGGAAGAAUCGCCAACUUUUAGAAUUGGAACGAAAAUAUCUAGCUCCUACCAAUGUCGCUCCGAAUGUUAAUGCACGAGGACAGGCUGCUAGUAGACUUGUUGGUGGGAAUAGAACCUCUGGACGUGAAAAGGAUAUUAAUAUUAACCCAUUCACGAUGGCCAUCAAUGGAGCUAUUGAUGCACCUGUCAACGGUGGAGUUCCAAUGUAUCGACGUGCUUUCUUGGCUCCUGAGUUUAGAAAGAGUCAUCCCAAGUUUUCUGGGUUGGUGGAGGUGCUUGCUAAAGCUAUUGAUGAUCAGGUUGAGAUCACACACAGAUGCCUCUUCUUGCAUGGCAUACUAGUGCCAGCUCAAAUGAAACCAUUGCAUGACAAUCUCGUAGUCUUAUUCCAAAAGAACUUUGGAGAAGAGAUAACUCGAUUAGGCUUGCCUGAUCAUACAACCCUACCUGCGACUGGAACUAUCAGCAGCACCGCAAUUGGUAAUCCAGGAAAAGUCCAGUCGUCCAUUGAUUCUAUAAGGCAGGCUCUUCAGCUCAGCGGUAGUGGUGGUCUUGACAGUACGCCGAAUAGAUCCAUGUCUGCAUAUACUGCUAGUGCUAAUACAUCGCAACCAGAUAUGCCACCAACAAGCUCUGGAUACUCUAUAUUCCGACGUAAUGCUCAACCGUCUUCACGAGAAAAUGAUCCAACUAAGAUGAAGAGAGCUAGUACAAGCUCUGCACUGAGUACCAGUAGUUCUGGAUCUGGUGGCACGAAUCGUAUAUCACUGACUAGUAAAGCGUCAUUGGCUAAACUGUCUCAGGCGAUGGGAUUGUCGAGGCCUUCAACCGAUCAAUGA